AUUCGUCACCCGGAGGUAAGCUCCUCAAUAACUGGGUUGCCUAUGCACAAUCACGAAGAAGAUACCCCUUUCAUUUUCAUCAAAUAUAUUCUAUUAUUAAAACGUCUGUAACGAAAAAGCCGGCCAAGCGCCUCGGGCCCGGACUUUUUCUUCGCGCAACUUGACAACUUGAAUCAGCCUGUACUACUGCACAUACGCCCCAAUCCUUCCUCUCCGAUUCAGCUCGCCUUCGCCGCCGGAAUCUGCAGCUGAAUAUUGUCUGGUUACGAACGUGCCGAGUGGGUGAGAAUUGCAUGGUGAUUAUCUAUUGCCGUCAUACCCUCCCUGACCUUUGUCUAAGACCUGCAUCACCAAACAUCCAGUUAUUUAAUAGUCAAGCAUGUCGGAUUCAGCCCCAGCUGGACCGAAGCCCAGCAGCAGUGUGAAGCUUGUGCUACUCGGAGAGGCUGCUGUCGGAAAGUCUUCAUUAGUUCUGCGAUUCGUCAACAACGACUUUCAGGAAAAUAAAGAGCCUACUAUAGGAGCCGCGUUCCUGACACAAAAGUGCUCGCUACCCACACGGACAAUCAAAUUCGAAAUAUGGGAUACCGCUGGACAAGAGCGAUUCGCCUCGUUGGCCCCGAUGUAUUAUCGAAAUGCCCAGGCCGCACUAGUUGUAUAUGAUCUUACAAAGCCAUCUUCGCUGGUAAAGGCAAAGCACUGGGUAGCUGAGCUGCAGCGACAAGCGAGCCCCGGUAUUGUCAUUGCGCUGGUGGGAAAUAAGUUGGAUUUGACCAGCUCCGGCGGCGCCGACGGCGAGCCUUCACCGGCUCAUGACGAUGCUGAUAACGGAGGACCUGGUCCAGACGCAGAAGCAGAUGACGAGGAAGCGGUGAACCCAGAAACCGAAGAACAGGAUAACUCGACUUCGGAUGCGCGUAAAAUUUCGACUCGUGAAGCCCGUACUUAUGCAGAAGAGGAAGGUCUUUUGUUCUUUGAGACCAGUGCCAAAACGGGAUUUAAUGUCUCAGAGGUCUUUACAGCCAUCGCCAAUGCUAUCCCGGAAACUAGCUUGAAAGGUGCGAAGGCAGGUGGUGCUGGAGCCGGUCAAACGACGCUAGGCGCGGGCAGACCGGGAGAAGAUUCUCGAGUCAAUCUCGGUGAUCGCAGUGCUGCAGCGGCCAAAGAAGGUUGUGCAUGUUGAUGUUUUGUUUAUGAAGUUGAUUCCGUGCAAUUCAUUUUCCUUUUUUGACCUUUUUGUUAUUCUUCAUAGUUAGACAGCUGUAACCAGCCACACCCAUCCUCAGCCAAUUCCCACUAGUAGUGCUAUUAUGCUAACAAAUAUCAUAUUUAUACGAAUCUUUUAACAGCAUUGAAAAUAUGAAACAGGUAGUGAAAU